ACAUUAGACCUAGGUACCUAGCCUUCCCCACCCUCUCUAACUAAUACCCACCUGCGCCGGCGUAAAACUAGGUGCCUAUGUUCUGCCUGGGUGCCCUGAAACAGCAUACCCCAUGUAGUACCCGCGAUACCUAGUUAGCACUCCAUCCUUGAGAUCCCUUUCCGAGGUCGCUACCUCUAUUACAAUGAACCGAACCUUCAACUACCUAAGAACAUCCAGCACACAGACAACCCUGGCUCGCCUGGCAUAUUUCGGCCUUACCGUAGUACAGAUCUCACUGGCGGCAGAAACUAGUCGCUGCGUACCAUGGCUUAGUCAAAAACACUAGCUGAUGCCCAAGUCUUCCCGGCGAUACUCGGCCUGCAUUCUGCGACAACCAUGUCCUUGAUUCAGGUGGAAGACUUGGUCUCGUACCAACUGCGAACUAGCUACCUCACCGAGAUCGCUGACGGCGUUGGCGAGCGACUCAUAACUAUCAACGAUAAUUUCCUCAAUACUGCUCCGUUCAAAGCUGCGGGUUGGCGCUUUAACCCUGCUCACGUGAAACGAACCCAUUCCCCGCCUAUACCUACGGCGAUCGCAUCCGAAUACUUCCAAGCCGCACCUCGACUAACAGGCUUAACACUCGAAGAUGAAGCCGAAGAAGGGGGCAUGUUGACCGGUGGUGGCGGCGAUACGCUGGGACCUGGCAGUGCCAUAAAGCGGCGCCGAGAGCGACGCCGAGAACAGAUGGAGGAAGACGAUAGCAGUGACCUCAGUGAUGAGAGCGAUGAUGAGUCCGACCAACGAGCUGCCCAGCAGAUAAGAUUCGCUAAGAUGCCCGUCCGUAGUCGCGCCGGCUCCUCUCCCAUUCAGUCUUCAAAUUUACGUCAGGUGACAAGCAUGUCCUCGCCACGUCAGGCUCCUGGGGCAAGACGCGGCUCACAAUCCGCUUUAGAAAUUGUCAAAGAACGUGCGCGCCGAGAUACUGUCACUAGCAGUGAGUUUUCGUCCGAGAACGAGUUUGAUGCAUCUGGUUACCAUAGACGGAAAGAAGCGGCGUUGAAGUCUGCAACACGAACGACAAGAUCGCAAUCCAAGUCUAGUGACGAGCCAGCCCAGGGCAUCAUGCGUAAGGAAAGCGAACUUCUGGCAGACGAAGACUCCGAUAUAUCGGAUACAUCUUCGGCCUUCGUUGGAAGCGCUGAUUCAACGUCCAUCCUUGAUACCGUCGAAGCGCCAGUUGUUGGUGCUUCUCCGGGCCAGCAAGUUGUUGGUACUGUACCGAAGCAAUUGCUUAGACAGUCGACCGUGAGAAAAGUUCCAGCCCCGCCCCAGCCGCAAUUGCUACAUGCCUUGCCUCCACCUCGGCCGAUGAGUACCAUUAGGCCCCUGAGCGUAGUCCACCCCCGUAGUUUGCUUUCAGAUUCGUUAAAAGCAAAGAAGACCAAGCCUGUUGGGCAGUUUGAUCAAUUCGCUUCCCUAUCGGGCCAGGGUGACCCUGAUCCUGUGCGGUUGCGCAUCUACGCACCAUUUUCUGCUGACCCAGAAACGCCGUUUGAGGUGUUAAUCAGGCGAAAUCUUCAGGAAGCAGACGGUUCAUUCCGACCGAUAACAGUAGCCGAGUUAAUUGGAUUAAGCCUAUGGAGAUACCAUGCCGAAAAGCGAGAUCCUCCCAUUCCGGCAAAUAAGCUAAACGUGAAUUGGUGGACACUGAGGAUGGUCGAAGAAGGGGGAGAAGUAGACGAUGAUUUUGAGCCGCUAGAUCGGAAGAAACCACUUAACUCAUUCACAACUGCGAAUAACCGAGCAGCUAGAUCACGAUCAGCGUCAAAAACUUAUGAUGAUUUCGCGCUGGUACAAGCCUCCGAGGCCGGGUUUGCUGACAAUCGGCUCCAGACACCACAAUUCGAACAAGAAACAGCUGCCGAGGAGCCUGAAGAUGAUAUUACACCUAAAAAUACGCCGCAACCAUCAAACUUUCUACCCGAGCUGGCACGUCCUCGAGCAAAUCCAAUUACCACCACUACCUACCGAAUGGACACUAUUUUCGCCGAUAAGCCAGCAGCGCCGACGAGUACUCCAGCUGCCACUAGAGGACAGAAGAAGCUUCUGAGAAUCCACAUUCUUUCUUCCGACGUCCCCCCCGGGCAAAUGGUCACGGUAGACGUGACAACGGACAUGUACUUUGCUGAGGUUCUUGACUUGGUCUGCCGUAAAAGGCAAUUAGACAAGAAUGUUCAUGUCCUAAAACUCCCCGGGUCCGGCGCAGUGGCUUACGUGGACCGAGCCGUAUCUACCAUAGGCAAUGUCAUGGACCUUGAGUUGCACCGCCGUCGAUUUGCAACGGAUGGUCCACUUACCAUCACUGGCUCUCCUGGAAGCUCCUCUCCCAAAGCACAUGUAUGGGAUUCAUCCGUACCUCAGAAAGGGAAGAAGAAGGUCAUGACGACACAUCCUCUUGCUCAACAGGCUACUAUGGCGGAUGAGGCCGGCAGUGGCACCAAGACGACUUACCAAAAAUAUAUCGUUUGGCGAAAACAACCCAUGCGAUUUGUUGGGCUGAACGAAAGGAUAAUAGCGAUUGACGGCGAGUAUGUUUACAUUAUGCCCUCUUCUGGGGGUAAAGUGACUCGUGAAGGUGGGAAAACCACGACCGUUCACUUCAGCAAUGUUAUCGGGUGCAAUAUGUCACGUCGGCAUCCGAGCCACUUCAAGCUACUCGUGUUUCGGGAUUCAGAAACCAAACGAUAUGACUUUGAGGCCAAGAAUACCCAAGAGGCAGCAGAAAUUGUCCGAGAAAUGAAAAAGGGCAUUGCUCCAUACAAUAAGGAUGUUUGAAAACACGAUAAUAAUCUUCCAUCCAAUCUAAUCAACAACAGAGCCAUGAGUAACUAAGGAUGCUGCCACCGCCUUGCUGACGCUCUC